AUGGACAAGCUCGAGAGACUACGACGAGCCGCACGCGCCAACGUGGCAAUAUCGGCAACCUAUAUCCUACCAAACGCUUUCACCCUGCCCAUCCAAGUAUAUGUAUAUAAAGCACUUGGAACAUUGAUCAGCAAAAAUGCUGCCCUAUCGGCAAUCCCGGUCAAAGACGACAACGAUACCUGGUUCUUCCGGCUCCCAGAAAUCGACCUCAGCCAGACUAUAUCCUUCCAAAAGCACUGCCAGAUCAUCUUAACAGAGCCGAAUGAGCAGCACUUCACAGCGAUAUAUAUAUUCCACCAUGUCAUUGCGGAUGGCAUGUCAGGAAAGGCCUUCCACGAGACAUUCUUCGAGGCAUUACAUGAUGCUGCUACUUCCCUAGCCUUGGGAGAGGCUACAAGACAGGUGAUCCCAUCACCUAAGCUUUCUAUGCUGCCAAACCUGAAAGCGGUCCAUCCGUGCUCUAUGGGCUUUACUUCCUUCCUUAAGCAACUUUUCCGGAUUAAAAUAUGGCACUAUCGUGAUACGGGUCUUUGGACAGGUCCGAAGUCGUUUACCCCAUUCGACAUUGAGAUCCGCCAAAUUGUUAUCUCUGAAACAGUAUCCACAGCGUUGAGAAACCGAUGUCGUCAGAACCAGGCUACUAUAACCUCGGCCAUACAUACAGCGGUUGCACGCAGUCUCCUUGCGCAUCUGCCAGAGGAGUGCACCAGACUACAAGCUAUCGGCGCCAUGUCAUGCCGACGGUGGCUGAAGACAGAAAGGGGAAUCACAGAUCAGUCCAUGGGUAUGGAUCAGUAUCCUCCUGAGAGCUUUCCAUGGGAUGCCGCGAGGCAAUCCUGCGCAACUAUCAAACAGGUGCUCGGACGGGAAGGCAAGGAUAGCAGUUUGGGUUUGCUCAGAUAUGUGGAUAGCUGGGGUUAUGAACAGAGUAAGAUAGGCGAGGACCGAAAUGGAAGCUUCAAAGCAUCGAAUUUGGGAGCUGUGAAAUCAGUCCCGGAAGGAGAUUCGUGGCCGCAGAUUAGACGGAAAGGCCUUGCAGAGUCGGAGAUGUUUGAGGGUGUUGUUGGUGGGAUUGCUAGAGAGUUGCAUAGUGCUGCCAAAUGAUC